AUGAUCUGUUCACCAUGGUAAGUUGGAUAUUUUAGAAUGUAAACGGUUUGAAACCACGCAAGUUUUCUGUGCUAAAUUUUAAGUGCAGACAAACUUUAGAGGUGUUAGCAAAAUCUUCUCAGUUAUUUCUCCGUUUAUAUAGCUGUUCUUGUGAAUAAGAUACAUAAACAAUUGUCGAAACGGACGCACUAAACCAUCAAAUCUGUGCACCAGCUGGUACCUCUUCACAGCGUCGGUAUGGUGCUUGCGUCUGCGUCUCUUCCCCCUCUUUCCCUUACACCAUUCACCAGUAGAACCGGCAAAUUCAAAUUGUGUUGGCUAGUUGGCGCCGUUUGAUUUAUUAGUUUCGACCAAACCUUGCGUUUUCCUUAAUUUCAUUUGGAACCAGUGUGACUCAUUUAUGAGAAACAGACAUCACAACUUGAGCCGUGUUUUUCAAAUUAGGCAAAGCAAAGGGAAGUAAGUACCCACCCCAAGUCCACUCAUCUCUUCUCUCCUCUCCUCUCCGUUCUUUCUUUCUUCCUGUUGCGCGUUCUGCAGAAAACGACGAGGAACAGUUGCAAAGUGAAGCCAAUCACCUGGUUUUCAUAUUGUUCAUAUCAGUGUUAGUGAUGGCUUCCUUCCCCUCCAGGACCGGAGACCACAAAACCGGUCCAUUUCAUUCAAAUCAUUUCGGUUGGAUUGGAUGAAGCACCCCGCUCCUUAAAAGUGAAACUGAAUCCCACAACCGACUUCUUCGAUCACUUUCCCACACCUUUUUACGAUGUGUUGUGUUGAGAAUGUUGUGUAUGUGUGUGUGUGUGUGUAUGCGUGCGACCUAUGCAAAUUCUUUAUCCGUUCGCAAAAUCUCUCUGCGUUUAUUAAUAUCGCGUGCACUUUGUCGAGAUGACAACGAUGAAGAAUAAGAACGGGCCCCAAUUCGAGGACAGUAUAUUCUUGCGCCGGGACAUCAGGAGGGUUUAGGGACACCGAACCGAUCUAGGUCUUCCGUUGCUUUUUAUCUCAGGAAUGAACGAGUGGCGGCGCGAUGAACAUAUCCACUCACGGUCAAACGUCUUCUCCUCCUUUUCAUAUGAGUAAUUAGAUUCGGUUGUUGUUGCCAUUAGUGGAUGUGGGUGCGUGCCAUACUUGUAACUAUUACCGAAUGAAAGUGACAAGAACAUUGUCCUUACUUUGGCUAAAAUGAAUGCUUCUGUUGUUUUCCUUUUCCCAUCUUUCGCCAAAGUUAUUUUUAUAACUCACUCCCCAUUUUUCACGAGCCAUUUCUUGUUUUUUAAUCGGUUUUCUGCCCACGAAGGGAUUUCUGUUAUAAUGGCAUAUUGAGAAAAAAAGUGAAACAAAUCUCAUAAUCUGAUUUACUUUCAAAAUCAGCUGAUUGCAAGCAGGGAUGUACGGAAAUGUUAGAAAUUAGCAAAACCCCUGAUUGCAACCAUAGUAACUUCAGAUUAACAGUAUUUCGUAAUGAGAAAAUGCAGAAUCCACCCCCACACCCUUCGAUUUCACAAUCCGCGUGCGGUGUGGAAACUGGCGAUUCAGUGUUGUGUUGUCUUUGGCUCCAGCUCGAGCUCAAACAACGUGCCUCCUGUUUCGACUCGUGUAAUCCUUCUCGCCCGCCAUCCGACUCUCGGUCAGUGUCGAUCACACGGUGCACGGAGGAACGGACGCUUCGUUUGUAAGCCGCGCCGCCGCCUUCACCCAAGCGCCACUCGCUUUUCCGUUUGUGCCCGGCCUCGGCUCAAAUCCUUCUUCUCUGCCUCCUCGCUUGUCCUAUUGUUUUUAAAACUGUAUGUCCUGCAAACAAAUCGUGUUUACAGGCAGGAUGCUCGUCCGCAUCCACCUCAUCGGGGACUGCCGCCGCGCGCCCGCGGGAGUUGCCUGCUCGAAUGAACUUUUCUUCUCGCUCUCUCUCUCUCUCUCUCUUCCCGCCCCUCCAUGUUCGUUUGUUCAACUCAUUGUCAGCUCUAUUUCCUUUUCUGUUUUUGGGAGGGCUCUCUGCGCGCGCAAAUGUGAUUCUUCCGCGCAAAAAAACGGCUGCUCACCGAGAAAAGCGAACAAUUAACACAACAAGACAUCGAAUUGUCCUGUUGUUUUCUCGUCCAAGAUCUCGUCUUCGUUUCUUUUUCUGUUUCAAAUAUUGAGUUCCUCUUCAGUUUUGUGUAUGUAUUAGUCAUCUAGGAAGCAUUCGUCUCAUAUCUGUUCCUGGCACCUCCUACAAGUUCGAUUGUGAAGGCCUUGACACAACUUCUUCUACCUAUCAAUUUCCGUACGAUCGCAAUGUCCCCUUUGACCGAUUUGCCCGAAAAAAGUCUGGCGUCCGUCGUCACAACGCUCCCGAACAAAGGACCACUUAUCUUAUUUGUUUGCCAUUGGUUCUCGGUUUACACUUUUUCAUCUUUGUUCAUUUUCAUUUUGGGUCAGAUGGGGUAAUACUAAACGCAAAUUUUCUUUUUUUUUUUGCAAAACUUGAUCCGACCGCUCAUGCAGUUCUGGUCUUGGUCAGUCAUAAAUAUUCUCACAUAGCAACACUUGGCUUUUUCGGUUUUUAGCGCCGGGAGGCGAACCUGCCGGCUCCAAAAUCAGGUCAUUUAGUGGCGGUUUAGUGUUUGCAUAAGUGCGCCGAAGGACGAUUAGGCGUACUGUUCCCCUCUCUUCCGACCCACCUCCGAACAUUUUCAAUUUUAAUAUUCUGGCUUUCCGGGCUCUUCUCGUCAUGCAUCAUUCACUUUCGUGAUAUUCCAUCCAUAUUUGUAUAUCCGAACAUGUUUACGAGGAAAGGUGAAGGACAACGUCUAAUUAUCCGGGAUUAUCCGUAUGGACAGAGCAUGAAUUUCCAAUUUCUGAUUUCCAAUCGCACACCUACAUUCUUGGUCCUUAGACCAAUAAAUUGUACAAACCGACCAGGCACAUCGAGAGUUUCACAGCGUCGGCUGAUAAUUGCAAAACAUUUCCUUAUCGUCUCUCUCCACCCUCCUUUCCGUCGCAUUCCUUACUGCUCAAUCACCAUUCAUUCUCAACAAUUCCGACGCACUUUCCAUCACCUUUUUAUUAACUUUCUUGCAGCAUGGCCGCUGACGUGUUGGCACCCGGAUUUUGGGAAGUUGGAAGCUACAAGCACAACGUGAAACGAUUCAAGGUAUGAAUAGUUGGAUGAAUGCAAAGGGCUAAGCCAUCCUCCUCUUUUCUCGCUUUUCUUCUCAAAGACUGCCGCGCCCGAUGGCAGGUUGCACAAUUGCGCAUCCUUGAAAUUGGAAUAAAUAUUUCCUGCGCAUUGUUUGAGAAAAAGAACAGAGAGUGAGAGCGAAAAUCAACUUUUGUUCAGGAUGGAGUCGAGCAACUGGAUGAUUACUGCAAAAUGAGCAGGGAAAGAGCUGAAAUCGAGGCAAAGUACAGUAAGAUGCUCUCGCAACAUGCCGAAAAAUGGCGUGCUCAUGUCGACCGCACGGUGUCUGCCGGUUCCGUCAAGACCGUAUGGAACGAGCUCAUCGGAGAGGCGGCUGCUCUUUCCAGAGUUCACAAUGGACUCAAGGAUCAUUUGAUCGAAGACGUAAGUGAAUUUUGUGGUUCUUCAGUACUUAUUAUUUGUGUUCCAGGUCGUAAACGAGACAACUACCUUCCGAAAAAACAGUUUGCACACUUCUGUCUUCAAAGGUCCCAAAGAGAUUCGAGAGAUUGAGGAUCAUUUUGAAAAGGUAAAAGGCGUUUCGAUGACGUUAUUCUCCUUCGUCAUUUCAUUAUAUGCAUCCCCGCCCCGCCGCCAACCCUUUUGUUUGCGAUUACCUCUCGCACUGCAUAUAUUAAAUGUUGAUAUUUAUAUUUAUGAUUAAACUUCGAGUACUAAUGCGUUAAAGUGAAAAUCUUUCAGGCGCAAAAGCCGUGGAAGAAGUUGGUUGAUAAGAUGGAGGAUAAGCGCACCAAGUAUUAUAAUGUGUGCCGACAAGAGAAAUCGGCGCUUGUAAACUUGCAAAAUAGCCAGGUAAGAGGCAUUCCGAAUGAGCGUUUGGGGUACAAUGAGAUCAGAGCUGGGAAAAAGGCCGGCCCAGGCUUCUUGAACUUGGAUUGAAGUAUCCUGAGUUCAACUGGUCCGGGGAUAUAUGUAUGGAUCACAAUUUUCGCGACAACCCGGCCUUUUUAGCCCCUAAUUAGUAUAUCUCCGUACCAGAUGAUCCGAUCUAUCUGAAACUUGGAUGCAAGAUACUUCAAAUCAGAGAUUAAAGUAUUUUGCAAAUGAGACUGUGCUAGAACCCUGUUCAAAAGUACCGAGUACGUGCAUUUUCAGACGGACACUUCUGUGUCGCUAGACGCCGCCACAAAGUUCCGCGAGCGUCACGAAAAGUUGAAGGAAGAAGUGCAGAGAACAAAAAUCGACUAUCAGAAGACGUUGACAAACCUGAACGAGUACAAGUGAGUGUAAAGUGAAGAACAGAGACGUUGUGUGUUGUGACCUCUCCGACGUUGUGUUCUCGUUUUAAUGAUAAAAACAAUUGAUAUAUUUUUUAUCUGAUGUCUGAAGGGCAGCACGGUCGAGUGUUCUGUCCUCUGGUGAUGAUCAUUUGAUUUCAGAAAUGUCUACAUGGAAGCGAUGGCUCAUGUGUUCAAAAUGUGUCAAGAGAAGGAAAUGGAUCGAUCUCAAGUUUUGAUCAAAAUUGUUCAGAAGACGCAGAAGUAUCACGCAGAACUGAUCAGAAGCAGCCAGUAAGGAGACGAAUAUUUCAAGUUUUGUUUUCAUUCUGUGCUUUCAGAAUGUCCGGACUUCAUCAGCAACUCGAGCAGACUAUCCGAUCGGCUGACAGUGAAUCUAUAAAACGAGAUUUGGCACAAUGGUCGAGGGUCAAUGGAGUGGAUGCGUCAUCGGACUGGCCUAGCUUUGUGGAAUACUCCCCAGAAAUCCGAAACAUUGCUGCUCGUGGAGGCUCCACGAAAGAUGCGGCUGGAGGAGUGAUUCUAACACGACAAAUCAACAGAAGUGAGGACAUUCCAACAACUGCCUCGAACACGCUGCCCUCAGUCGCUGUCAACACUGCUUCCACCAACGAUGAUGUAGGCAAGAGCAGCCCGAAGGUAACGGUCUUCUUGAUUUGCCAGUUCCUGAACAUUUUUCUGUAAUUUCAGAGCAGCAGCGACUCGGACACGAGCACCUUUGAUAGCCGAAAGCACAAUUCAACCACUAGCAAGUACAAGGGCCAAACGCAACAUACCACGCAGAUCCAGCCACCGCCAGUCGGAUGGAAUCCAUCGGAUGGUCCAGAUUCGCCGCCGCUAUCCACAGAAACACCUGAUUCCGCAAAGUAUGGCGAUUUCGAGGAGUACACGACCAGUAAACCAGCAGUCGUCUUGUACGAUUACGCACCGGCAGAGGGGGACGAGAUUGCUUUGAGGAAAGGUGAAAUGAUUGAGGUGCUCACGGAGCCGGACUCUCUUGGAUGGUGCACUGGAAGGUCGAAUGGAAACGUAAGUUCUUAUGGUCAAACUUUUAAUAAAUCUCAAGCUUAGGUUGGUCUGUUCCCGGCGAGCUACGUGCAAUGCCAAUCGGAGAAGGCCUAA